AUGAGCCUUGGCGUCUACAAUUCAGCCCCGGACAACGUUGCGGCCACCUUGAAUUGGGGUGACAAUAAAGACAUCCUGGUCCCGACUAUGAAUGCUAUGAUGCAUUUCGGCGCUAUUUUUGGGUCUCUUGGAGCAGGUCCAAUUGCAACUAAAAAAGGCCGCCGCCAAGCAAUAUUGAUUUUAGAUAUAAUUACAAUAAUUGCUUCAGCCUUAUUCUUGAUUCCAUUUACCCCAACAUUUGCUAUUGGCAGAUUUUUGUCUGGGUUUGUUGCAGGAGGCUUCUGUGUGACCUCCCCAUUAUAUAUUUUCGAAUAUGCCCCCAUUGCUAUUAGUGGAAAAAUUGGGUCUUGAUACAAUUUAACAUAA